AUGCGAGGGGCUUGCUAUCCCAAUACACCUGGAUUGGCCAUUCGAGAUUACUGGGAUCUUGGAAAGGAGGGACAAAAAGACGACAAAUACAUUGUGCUGGUAGUGGACGAGUUUGGUGGAAAGGGGAAUGUCUUGAAUUUCAAUGUAGGUGACGGUGUCAAAUUUGCUCUUCCCAACGUCUUUUGGACUCGAUUGCAAGCCAAGUACGGAACCGUAAGUGUCCCGCAAGCGACAAAACGCUUUGUGGUCGUCUCGAUUGUUUGUCUGUUGACUGGACUUGACCUGACCCGGCUGUGCGCUUUCCAACUACCACGAGUAGACAUUCUAUGUCAGAGACAAUGGCAUUGA